AUGGUCGCAAAGAACACGGCAUUCGAUCUGCAGAAAUGCGCGCGAUCCAAUAUUCUCGCCUUGGAGCCGUACCGAUGCGCGCGCGACGAUUACAAAGAUGACGGCACCAACAUCCUCCUCGACGCGAACGAGAACGCAUACGGGCCGGGACUACAGUUGAAUGGCGAGGGCAAGCUGCCUGGCGCGAAUGUCAAUGGCACUUCCGACUCAUCUUCCGCGAUUGAUGUCGAUUUGCUUGGCCUGAACCGAUACCCAGAUCCUCACCAAGAAGAACUCAAACAACUGCUCUGCAACCUUCGAAACACCCACACCCACACCUCCAAGAACAUAACACCCGCCAACCUCUUCGUGGGUGUCGGCUCCGACGAAGCGAUCGAUGCCCUGAUCCGCGCCUUCUGCGUCCCCGGCAAGGAGAAGAUCCUGACAUGUCCACCCACAUACGGUAUGUACAGCGUUUCCGCGCAGGUCAACGACGUCGCGCUGGCCAAGAUUCCCCUACAAACACCAAGCUUCGAUCUCGACGUUCCCGCGAUACUGAAUGCCAUGGAUGAGGAUAAGAGCAUAAAGUUGGCGUACCUGUGUUCGCCAGGCAACCCGACCGGAAAGCUACUCAAGAAGGAGGACGUACAAAAGAUACUAGAACACCCAUGGAACGGCGUUGUGGUGGUGGACGAGGCAUACAUCGACUUCGCGCCCGAUGGAACGAGUCUGGCAGAGUGGGUAGCCGAAUGGCCCAACCUCGUCGUCAUGCAAACACUUUCAAAAGCCUUUGGUCUCGCAGGCAUUCGGUUAGGUGCUGCAUUCGCCGAUCCAGCGAUCGCCCAAAUCCUUAACAACAUGAAGGCGCCCUACAACAUACCCAACCCAACAAGCCAGAUCGCGCGCGCCGCCUUGAGCCCGAAGCACCUGCAAGUCAUGCAAAGCCACAAGGACCUCAUUGUCAAGCAGCGCGACAGGCUGAUCGAUGAGCUGCCCAAGAUCCCUGGCAUUGGAAAGCUCCACGGCGGUGUGGAGUCGAACUUCUUGCUCUACCAGAUACUCGAUGCGCCGGCGGAUCAGGGCGGUAAGCCAUCGAACGAGACAGCGCUGGCGGUGUAUGAGGGCUUGGCGGAAGAGAAGGGCGUGGUAGUAAGGUUUAGAGGCAAGGAGCACGGAUGUCUGGGCUGCUUGCGUAUAACGGUGGGUACGGAGAAGGAGGUAGAUCGCUUUUUGCAGGAGAUUAAGCAGGUGAUUGAGGGUAUUCACCAGAGCUCGGGCAAGCUUGGAAAGAAAGAAGAGCAACGGAGGGAGAAGGAGGCUAAUGAUGUGGUUGCAUAA